CAUCAGAAGAUUUGCUCGCUGAGUCCUUUUACCCGUCCUUGCUUCCAAGCCGAGGGCAAUUUUCGAUCCGCUUCACGAUCUCUUACCUUACCUUACCUCCGUCCUACUAGCUCAUCGGAUUCUCUCCUGUAGACAUGGCGAUGGCUACACUAGCUGCAGCUCGUCGAGUCGCUGCUCUCGGCCGAGUUUCAUCCCCCGCCACAUCCGUUCAGGCUGCGUCUCUCGUUCCCCGCCGCGGCCUCGCCGGCGCUGCAGAUCACCAUGGGCCACCGAAGGUGAACUGUUGGAGCCAACCAACGAAUCCAGCUCAGUGGAAGGAAGAGCACUUUGUAAUUGUCUCUCUCACUGGUUGGGCUCUCCUUAUUGGUGGUAGCUACAAGUUCUUCACCAAAGGCAAGAAGGAAGAGGUAACUUUACUCUUGCCUUCAAAUGUGAGAGUUGAUUUAGUCUUUUACAAUGUGGGUGUUGAUGUCGACCUAAAAGCAACGUUCUUCUUUUCUCUUUGAUGUAAUGUGUGUGUUUUGGGUCAAAUUUUAUGAACCUAAUUGUUGUCUUUACCUUUGGAUUUGAGGUCAUGAUUAGUCAGUUAACUUCUGCAGUUUUAACAGUAGCUUUAGA